AUGUUGAAACGCGAUGUGUUAGAGCAGGAGAAUCAAGUUCCAUCAGAUGUUUUGCUUCUGCUAUGCGUGGAAAGAACAAGAAACAGAGACUGGACGAGGCAUGUCUCGAAAGGGAAAGUGCUUGUGGAUGGGAAAAGAGCUAGUAAAGCUGGAAUGCCUGUAUCAAAUGGUGUAUCCAUAAAGAUUACAGCAGAGGUUCCCAAAUACGUAUGUAGAGGCGGACUCAAGCUUGAAGCUGCGAUCGAGAAGCUAGACGUUGAUGUCUCUGAGAAAGUAGUUCUUGAUGCAGGACUUUCUACAGGAGGGUUUACGGAUUGUUUGCUUCGUUAUGGUGCAGCUCAUGUUUAUGGCGUAGAUGUUGGUUAUGGUCAGGUAGCUGAUAAAAUCCGUAAUGAUAAGAGAGUGAGUGUUAUAGAAAGGACGAAUCUUAGAUACCUCCCUGGACUCCCACAAAAGGUCGAUGUAGUUACACUAGACCUCUCUUUCAUUUCCAUUCUCAAGGUGAUGCCAGCUGUUAUGAAUGUGAUGCAAGAAAAUGCAACUUUAGUUACUCUCGUUAAACCCCAAUUUGAAGCUCGAAGAUCACAGGUUGGAAGCGGUGGUAUUGUAAGAGAUCCUGAAGUGCAUCAGGAGGUUCUUGAGAAGAUUAUAAAUGGUGUUGAGAACUAUGGAUUCACCAACAAAGGAUUUAUCGAAUCUCCUAUUAAAGGCGCCGAGGGAAACAUAGAGUUCUUGGUUCGCUUCGACCGAGGAACAGUGAAACGCGAAGAAGAAUGUUAA